GCCUUGUAUCCGGUCACAAUUAUCAUCAUCGACGCACUUGACGAAUGCCCAAGAGAAGGACGAGCUACACUCAUCGAGUCCGUCAAACCAGUGGUCCGAAAUUCAUCCAGCCUUGCCAAAUUCUUCAUGUCGAGCCGUGAAGAUGCGAUAUUGUCUUCCAUCUUGGAGAAUUUCGAAGUCUCAAAGAUAUCAUCCAGAAAGAACCAAGUUGACAUUGAGGCGUUUGUCGAAGCAGAAACUGGACGACUCGUACAAUCGGGAUCUUUGUUACGCCUUAGUCAGAAGAAGCCACAGAUGAUGGAGAAAAUAAUUUAA